GGGCAAACACGGCGGUGGAGCUCGGGGAGAACCCGGCGGGGCCGAGGCUGCCGGGGGUUCGCCGCGGAGGCAAAACCCGCGUUCGCUGGGAGGUUGUGGCGCUCUGCGUGCUCUCGUGUUCACCCUGUGUCCCCCAGAUGUGAUACCGUGGGGACUGAGAGCGCGGGCCUUUGGCUCGGUGUCAUGUGUGUCUUUGGGUGCGGAGAGUCCAAAGUCGGUAUCAAACUCGAAAUACAGCUGCCGCCAGCUUUCCUUGGACGUCAAGGGGUUUGGGCCCUUCAGCUCUCUGAGCGGGGUUUUUAGGAGGGUGCUGAAGGCGGCUGACCCCCGGGUGCUCUCCUCGGGCGAGUUUGGGAGCCUGCGGGUUGAUCCCCACUUUAGUAGGUGCAGAGGAGGCGGGAGCGCUCUGUGUCAGGGUGAGAGGCUUUUGGACAGAUCUGCAUAUUGCCGUUCUUAAUGAGACUGAACAACUUCUCUCUUAUGCGUUCACUUGACAUUCAUGAAGAUCCCACGUUUAUCCCGGAGGUUGCUGCGGAGGUUACAGGAGACAAGUCUGAGGCUAAAAGCACUUCAGAUGUUAUCAAGCAGCUGAUAGAUGGAAGGUCUGAUUCUGCUAGGAAUGGGUUUAGCUUCAAAGGGAUCAAAGAUUAUCUGGAGUGCUACUGGAGUGGGAAGCUGACGCCAUCUCAGGUAGCCAAGAACAUCAUUGCCAUGCUGGAGGACUGCGACAAAUCCACGCCCCCGCUCAGAGCAAUAGUGCAAUGGGACCGGGAGCAAAUAAUGCUGAUGGCUGAGGCCUCCACUACUCGUUACAGGAAUAAAUGUACCCUGUCUUAUCUGGAUGGCAUCCCAGUGUGUCUGAAAGAAGAGCUCAAAGUGGUACCUUACCAUCACCGAGCGGGAACAGUGUAUCUUGGGACAGAGCCAGAAACAGAAGAUGCUACUGUGGCCAAGAAGUUGCGAGAGGCUGGGGCUAUAAUUAUUGGGGUCUCAAACAUGCAUGAACUAGGGACUGGAACAACUGGAUGCAACCCUAAUAGGUACCACAAGAUCCCUAGGAAUCCCUACAAGCCUAACCACUUCACAGGUGGGAGCUCCAGUGGGUCAGCAGCAGCUGUGGCAGCAGGUCUCUGCCCAGUGGCUAUUGGCACAGAUGGAGGAGGCUCUGUGAGGAUUCCUGCUUCAUUCUGUGGUGUGGUGGGGCUGAAAGGUACAUUUGGGCGCAUCAGUUGUCAUGGCAGCUUGCCACUCUCCUACUCCACAGUCAGCAUAGGCCCUAUCUGUACGUCAGUGGCAGAUGCAGCCAUUGUUUACAGUAUCCUUGCUGAACCAGAUCCACUCUAUCCAUAUGGACUAAAACAGCCCAAAGCAACCCUAUCUGAUAUGUGUGCUCCUGACCUGAAAGGCUUAAAUCUGGGAGUGGACUGGACAUUUUUUAAGGCAUGUGAUGCUGAAGUCCUGUCCAUCUGCGAGAAAGCGGUGGAGCACCUGCAGAGUUUGGGAGCCAGUGUGGUUGAAGUCUCUCUUCCAGAGAUGGAGGAAGCUCGAGUAGCACAUGUAAUCUGCAUUCUCAGUGAGAUGAGAGACUUCCUGCAACCUGACUUCAAUAAACAUUUCCAGGAAAUGAAUUUGGACACUCGGGCUAACCUGGCCUUGGCUUGCCAGUUCACAGCUCUGGAUUAUAUUACGGCAAAUCGGCAGAGAACUCGAAGCAUGGGAUUUUUGCGAGAGAUCUUCAGCACUGUGAACUGUAUCCUUACACCAGCUGUUCCUUGCACUGCCCCAAGAAUUUAUGAAUCUGACCUCUUGACUGGGAGGAGCGAUAUGUCCUUCACAGUCCGGUCCAUGAGGUUCAUGCAGCUUGGUAACUUCACUGGGAUACCAGGCAUUGUGGUCCCCAUUGGAUAUUCUACUGCUGGGCUUCCUAUCAACCUCCAGGUCAUGGCAAAAUGGUGGGAUGAAGCUGUUCUUCUGAGGAUUGGCCUAAAGCUGGAGCAGUUCCGUUCCCAGACCAAAAAACCAUCCAUUUAUUAUGACAUCCUCGCAUGAUAGAGUGACCAAGUUGGGGAUUAAGUCUUUUUUUUCCCCUAGUCUGACCUGACCAAGUAUUAAGAGUGGACUUGUUUUCAAUGUUCAUCUGAAAGGCUUAGUAGCAGGCUCAUUUGAGGAAUGGGGACAAACCACUGAUCUAAGCAAUUUCUGCUCCCUGCUUGUCAGAUGGCCUAGUUUAUACUGGGGAGACCAACUGUGCUAGUUCCUUGCUUUGUUUUUGCAGGGGAAGCUGCAACUAUCUUCUACAAUUUCUUCCCACGUAGGGGUCCUGUGUACAGAUGGAAGACAAUUGCACUACAGGACUGCAUGCAGGUAGUUCAUACUACUGUACAUGGAAAGGUACAAUCUCUAGGCCUUAAACCUUCCAAUGGACUUUGUUAUAUCCUGCUCCAGGAUAUAACAAAGGUCCUGUUUUUGAAGGGGAAGGGCAGCGAAUAAUGCUUAGCUCUCUUGGAAUGAGGAGGCUCUUAACACACCUGCAAUCAGGCAGUGUUUGUUUUGGCCCUGUACUUAGUCCCUCAGAGCAAAGCAGAAAUCCCGUAGGUACGGAAGUGCCGCUGUGCUUGUCCCUCAUACUGUGGGUGUGCUCACUGCCCGAGAGUCCUGCCUGCCUUCAGCCUUGCAUGGAGGGGAAGGAAAAAUCAGAGCAGGAACCCUCAUUAACUCCGACUCAAAACCCUGUUUCAGGGUUCUGGCUUUCCUUUGCACAUCUCUAUUUCCCAAGCUAAGACCUGGAGAGUCUCUUUUCUCCCACUGGUUGCUUAAGUAUAAGCCUACUAUCAUUUAGAUGUCUAAACAGAAGAAACUACUUGAUAAUGCAGAGAAAGCACUAAGAGUGCUGAGGCAGCUAUUAGAAACAGCUGAAAUCUGUAGGAAAUGCUACU